UUUCUGUCUUGACGAAUAUUCGUGAUCGAAGCGUUGUAGUAAUUGCAGUACCCCUCAACACUACAACAAAUACGUAUUGCCAUUUUCGUACCGACAAUUCGAUCGACAAUGGCGACUCCAAGCGAUUCGGGCAUGUUGAUGUCCGACGCACCUUCGAGAGGUGCUACCACUCCUAGAGCCAGGCCGUUUAACAGAGGCUCUUCAGCACGACCACGAGGUCCUCCCUCCGAAAGUCUAGCCGCGCCUAGCGACGACGAGGCCGAUGGCUUCGCAGAUGACCAGAUCCCCAGUCGCACACGCCGGAGAGACCCUGCUACUAUCCCGCGAGUAGAAGAUAGGAUCGGUAUCACCGUUCAGGAACACUUUGAAAACUUUAUUGAAGAAUUCAUCGAAGACCCUGCUUCGUCCGGUGCGCCCACGUCGAGUGCUGUUACUACGAACAAGUUCUACGUAGCUCAAAUCCAUGGCAUGCGUAUCUACCAAUUAUCGACCUUUUACGUCAACUAUAAUCAUAUUGCCAGUUACCAAAAUGGCGGUCUAGCCAAUGCCAUUAACACACAAUACUAUCGAUUCCUCCCCUUCCUUACUAAUGCCCUUCACAACAUGAUCGCCAAAUAUGAGCCACAGUAUUUCCGCGAUCAUCGACAGGCCACUACUUCUAGUAACCAAACAACCUCUGGCGCAAGUAAUAUUGGCUCGGGAAGUCAAUCCGAGCAGGGCAACAAGACGGCAAACCAACAGACGGAUAAGCUAUUCGCCAUCGCCUUCUACAACCUCCCUCUAGUCUCUCGAGUUCGUGCCUUGCGUGCCAAGAAUAUCGGCCAGCUACUUUCCAUAUCAGGAACCGUGACACGUACCUCUGAAGUACGACCCGAACUCUCUCUAGCGACCUUUCUCUGCGAGAAUUGUCGUUCCGUCAUCCCAAAUGUCGAGCAAACGUUUCGGUAUACGGAACCUACGCAAUGUCCCAAUGCGGAGUGUGGAAACCGCCUAGCAUGGCAGUUAGAUAUCAGACAAAGUACCUUUGUCGACUGGCAGAAGGUCCGCAUCCAGGAGAACAGCUCGGAAAUCCCUACAGGUAGUAUGCCGCGAACGAUGGAUGUCAUCCUACGGGGUGAAAUGGUAGACCGCGCAAAGGCAGGCGAGAAGUGCAUCUUCACAGGCGCAUUGAUCGUGGUACCUGACGUGAGCCAGCUAGGCCUUCCCGGAGUCAGACCUACGGCGAUCCGAGAUGAUCGGAAUACACCGCGUGGCAACGACGUUGGUGGCAGUGGAGUCUCGGGCUUGAAGUCUCUAGGUGUUCGCGAUCUAACGUACCGAUUAGCUUUCUUAGCUAAUAUGGUUACCCCUGACUCGUCUACGCCCGGCCAAUCUGCUUCGCGCCAAGUCCACGAUAUCAUCAACUCCCUAACCCAAACAUCGGCUGACACAGCUGAAACUUCUGAAGAAGCUCAGACAGCCAUUCUCAAUUCUAUGACGCCCAGUGAAAUCGAUGAGCUCCGUGAGAUGGUCCACAGCGACCACAUCUACGCACGUUUAGUCCAGUCUCUUGCGCCCACGGUGUACGGCCACGAGAUUGUCAAGAAAGGUCUCCUUCUGCAGUUGAUGUCCGGUGUCCAUAAAACGACUGCCGAAGGCAUGGCCCUUCGUGGUGACAUCAACAUCUGCAUCGUCGGCGACCCGUCUACCUCCAAAUCCCAGUUCUCGAAAUACGUCUGCUCCUUUGCUCCCCGCGCAGUUUACACAUCCGGUAAAGCCUCUUCAGCUGCUGGUCUCACAGCCGCCGUCGUCAAAGAUGAAGAGACGGGUGAGUUCACUAUCGAAGCCGGUGCGCUCAUGUUGGCCGACAACGGCAUCUGCUGUAUCGACGAGUUCGACAAGAUGGACAUUGCGGACCAAGUCGCCAUCCACGAAGCCAUGGAACAACAGACGAUCUCUAUCGCCAAGGCCGGUAUCCAAGCCACGCUCAACGCGCGCACUUCUAUUCUCGCAGCCGCAAACCCGGUUGGGGGGCGGUAUAACCGAAAGGCGACGCUGAGGACCAAUAUUAACAUGUCGGCGCCUAUCAUGUCGCGUUUCGACCUGUUCUUCGUGAUUUUGGACGAGUGCAACGAAUCCGUCGACCGCCAUUUAGCCGAACAUAUUGUCGGGAUCCACGCGCUGCGCGACAGCGCCAUCGAGCCCGAGUUCAGCACCGAGUGCCUGCAACGGUACAUCCGAUUUGCGCGGACCUUCCGGCCGGAGUUCUCGGACGAGGCCAAGGAGCGCCUGGUCGAGAAGUACAAGGAGCUGCGCGCGGACGACGCGCAGGGCGGCAUCGGCAAGAACAGCUACCGCAUCACGGUCCGACAGCUCGAGAGUCUGAUCCGACUAAGCGAGGCCAUCGCCAAAGCGAACUGUGUCGAGGAGAUCACCACCGAGUUCGUGGACGAGGCGUUCAACUUGCUCCGGCAGAGCAUCAUCUCGGUCGAACACGACGACGUCGAGAUGGACGACGACGAGUUCGGUGAUAAUCCCGAGGACGCGGCGGCGCUGCUCGCUGCGGCGGAUAGGGCGGCUUCCGGGGCCAGGGAUGAGGAGGGCGACGAACAGAUAGGCGAUGGUGAGGACGAUGAUGGUGCGGAUGCGCCGGCUAGCGGACAGGCUAGCAGGGAGCCGAGCGCGGCGGCGCCACCGCCCAAGAAGAAGACGGCGAUUACGUACGAGAAGUACAUUUCCAUGGUGAAUCUGCUAGUGUCGAGAGUGAAGGAAGACGAAUCGGAGGGCGAGGCGGAGGGGGUUGAUGGUGACGCGUUAGUGGAGUGGUAUCUGGAGCAGAAGGAGGAGGAGCUCGAGGGCGAGGAGGAUUACCAUCGGGAGAUGGGCGUUGCGAAGAUGGUGCUGAAGAAGAUGGUCAAGGACAACAUCCUCAUGGCUGUGCACGAAGGACUUGCUCAAGAGGGCAACCAGGCGCCGGCUGGAGAGUCGGCCUCCCAGAAGGUCCUCUAUGUGAUACAUCCUAAUUGCGCGAUUGAGGAGUACUGAGUUACUAAGUGAACGGGAUACGACCAUGACCAUGAACACGAGACUUGUCCUGACGCUGGACGGCGUUAGGAGAAGGGGAGAUGACGAGAUGAAUACAGGCGCCGAAUUACCUAGGUAAUAUAAACUCAUCUUGUACGUGUGUGGAUGGAGCUGUUUAUAUCACUUGCUGGUUGGUUAACAGAGGGGGAUGACGAAAUGACCUGAGAGCUUCUAAGGAUCAUAAGGUGUUGUCUGCUAUGGUCUACGAACGACGAAUGGAGAUAAUGAAUAAAGUAACUACGGAAUACUACUGAGAAAGCGAAGCUAAGGCGCCCGGAGUCUAGAGUUAGGGAAUGAGAUAUCAGCACGUUUAGGUAAAUGAGCUUAAUAUGAGAUGAGAUGAGAUCAGAUCAGAUCAGAUGAUGUCCGUACUAUCUAGAAUGUGUUAUGAGUAAGAGCACUGGUUAGAUGGUAGAGCUUUAUAGGAGGGGUUAUGUAGUUGUGAAUACAGCCCCUGGCUUAGGUUGAGCAGUUUGAAUUGAUGUUCGGACAUACCUGAACGUUUGUCUCUGGUUCUGUUAGUAUUGAAUAAAUAGUAUUGCUC